AUGGACGGGCAGACAUGUGAAGCACUUGGGUUCAGUCACACCAAUAUAUAUCAGAAUGCCAUUUCUUUACUAAAAAACAUAUAUGCGACUGUUGACAGUGGAAACAUUCAGUCAAUUACAGAAAGUGAAGUUAAUAAUAUCAAGUCCUUAAUAAAUGAUUUAAGAUCACUCCAUAAAAUGAGAUGUUGCGCCCAUCAGAUUCUUGAAACGGAGUCCAUCAAAACAUCCGCUUUGAGGGUAAAGCUUCAGGAAUUUAAAAAGCGAAAGGUAGAAGAAAUUUUCGACAAAAGAAAUCUUGUGAGAAUGCUGAAUGAAAAGGAACUGAAGGACCUAGAGGAUUCUCUGAACUCCAUUAAAAGUACUUAUGAGGAAAGUGAACAGGCACUUGAGGAACUUACUCGCAUACUGAAUUUAUUAAGACUUCAUGAAUUAAAGUCAAAUGAAGAAAAUAGUGUUACACUUGAAGCUUUAAAUAACUGUUUAGAUAAUAAAGCAAAUAAACAAAUAUUUUUGAAUAAAAAAAUUGAAGAAAUUGAAAUGACUGAAUUGAAGGUGAAAGAAACUCAAAAGAUGUUGGACGAUUUAAAUGCAGAAAUAACAGAAGAACGUAGAAAUGCAGUAAGAAAAGUUAUCAAAUUGGAAGAAGAAACGAAAAAACUGAAAAAAGCACUCAGUGUUCAACAUGAAAAAAACAGAACAUUAGAAAUACCACAUAAAGAAGUUAGUGAAGUAUUACGUUGUAAAAGAUUUGAAGAAUUCUCAUUAUCAAAUAGUGUUGAUGAAUUAUACAAUAACAUUCAUGAAUGUAAAAUACGAAAAUCGUCUUUAUUAAAUACAAUUCAAAAGAAAGAAAUUGAAAUUAAAGCAGCUGAAGAAAAACGUGAUUUCAUACAACAAUCAUUAAAUAAAAUGUUAGAAGAACAUGAAGAAAGUUUAGAAAAUAUAAGAAAAGAAUUGAAAAAAAUUGAAGAAUCACAAAAGACUUCAAUCACAAAUAUUGAAGCAUAUGAAAAGAAAAAAGAGAUUUUAAAAGCCGAUGAACAACGUUAUGAAUCUGAAAAGGAAAAACUACAAAAAGUUUUCAAGACAAAAGAAACUGAAGUAAUAAAAUUCGAAAAGGAAUAUAUGAUUAAAGCGGAGAAGGCAGCUGAACUUCAAGAGCAAAUCAAUGAAAUGCUUGAAAAGAUUGAAAAUUUAAAUUUAUCAAAUAAAAGUAUAAUAGAUAAUUUAAAACAACAAGCAGAAAUAAUAAACAACCAGUUAGCCAAUGCACGUAAAGAAAGAGUUCAAUUACAACGUAAACAACGUAAAAUUCAUAAACAGAUUGGUAGUUUUAAUGAUGAACAAAAUUUAUUUGUACGUAAAUAUCAACGUCGUAUUAAUGAAACAAAAAAUAAAAUAAAUUUACUUUUAAAACAAAAAACUCAAUUAGAAAAAGAAAUUGAAAUGAACAAACAGAAACGCGAAGAAAUUCAAACAACAAUGAAAGUUGAAAAAGAACAUCAUGAUCAUGAAAGAAUACAUACUACAGAGAAAAUUGUUUCACUAAAUAAAUUGUUGGAUGAAUUCGUUGAAAAGUGUCAACAGAUGGAUAAAAAUGUCCAAGAUGAACUACCAAUAUUGGAGGGAUUAAAUAAUAAAGUAGAAAAAAUUGAAAAGAUUGAAACAGAAACUAAGUCAUUACAGGUUGAAAUGAAUCAGAAUAUUCGUUCAUUGGAAAAUGAAAUAAAUCGAUUGAAUGAUGAGAAUAAAAAACUUGAUUUUGAUCUAAAAUUAUCGAAAAAGCAAACGAAUGCAUUUCAAAUGGAUUAUAUGAAUAAAUUUAUCAAUGAAAUUGAUUUAUUGAAGAAUAAUGAAAAAAAUAUUUAUACUUAUGGUUGUCGUUUAAAUACAGUAGGAAUUGAAAAUGCUCGAAUCAAUGCAGGUAUUACAAAACAAGAACAAACUAUACAACAUAUUUGUUCAGAUUGGGAAAAGAUAUUGAGAUUUAAAUCAAUAUUAAGAAAUCAAUAUCAAUCUAUAAAAGGUUCGAUUGAUUUACGAUUUGGAAUGUGUAUCGAUUCAAUGAAUCAUAAAAUGUUAUUUACAUCAAAUGAAAAUUUUCCCUAUAUUUUAUUCAUUUGUUAA